AUGACCCUAGAGGACAUUCACGAAGUCAUACGACAAUUCGUGACCGCCGCCCGUCUCGCCUCCGAGGCGGGUUUUGCGGGGAUAGAACUACACGCUGCACAUGGCUACCUCCUGGCUCAAUUCCUCUCGCCCACUAUCAAUCGUCGUUCUGAUGCAUACGGCGGCUCCCCCGCGGCUCGUGCCAAGCUCAUCGUCGACAUUGUCGAGGCCAUCCGUGCAGAGGUUCCCUCGACUUUCUGCAUUGGCGUGAAGCUCAAUUCGGUAGACCACCAGUCGAUUUCAGAAUUGAAAGACUGCAUCGAGCAGUUGCACGCCAUUGCGGCUGCUGGGGUCGAUUUCGUAGAGAUCAGUGGAGGAACUUAUGAGAACCCGGUGGUAAGGAUCGAUCUAGAUUACUUCCCCACUGUCCCUACUCCCAUUUCGGGCAUGAUUUUGGGCAAUAAGGAACUAGAGAAGUCGGACCGCACAAAGGCACGUGAGGCAUUCUUCCUAGAAUUCGCCAAGGCCAUCCGUAGCGAGUUUCCAGAGGUGCCAUUGAUGGUGACUGGCGGGUUUCGCACGCGGCAGGGCAUGGAAGCUGCUGUUGCGGAAGGCCAUUGCGACUUGAUAGGCAUUGCAAGACCUGCUUGCUUGAACCCCGCACUGCCCAAGAACACAAUCUUCAACUCGGAGCUUGCAUCCGAAGACGCAAAAGUGUAUGCAAGGAGGAUUGACGCACCGUGGCUGCUGAAGAAGAUUGCUGGGUUUGGCGUCGGAGCAGGAAUGGAAUCCACAUGGUACUCAAAGCAGAUUCAAAAGCUUGGCAAGCUGUAA